AUGGCUGAACAAUUUGAGAUGCCGCGCGUUAAACUUGGAACCCAAGGACUUGAGGUAUCGAAGUUAGGUUAUGGUUGUAUGGGGCUUACUGGAAACUACAACUCUCCUAUUCCUGAGGAGGAAGGAAUUGCAAUAAUCAAAGAGGCAUUUAGUAAAGGUGUUACAUUUUUGGACACAUCGGAUGUUUAUGGUGCAAACCAUGCCAACGAGUACUUGGUGGGGAAGGCAUUAAAACAGUUACCUCGAGAAAAGAUUCAGUUAGCUACGAAGUUUGGUAUAGUUGAAACCAAUGCUUCUCAAAUUAUAAUAAAAGGAACUCGUGAAUAUGCCCGCUCUUGCUGUGAGGCUAGCCUAAAGCGUCUUGAUGUGGAUUAUAUUGAUCUCUAUUAUAUACACCGAAUUGAUACUACCAUACCUAUUGAAGAGACGAUGGGAGAGCUUAAAAAGUUAGUUGACGAAGGUAAAAUUAAAUAUAUUGGGUUAUCUGAAGCUAGUCCAGACACAAUAAGGAGGGCUCAUGCAAUACAUCCUAUUACUGCUCUACAAAUGGAAUAUUCCCUUUGGACUCGUGACAUUGAAGAAGAAAUAAUUCCACUUUGCAGGGAACUUGGGAUCGGAAUAGUUCCAUACAGUCCAGUAGGCCGAGGAUUUUUUGCUGGAAAGGCUAUAGUGGAAAGCGUGCCUCCAAAUAGUGUAUUGGAAUAUCUCCCAAGGUUUACAGGACAGAACUUUGAUAAGAACAAAGCCAUUUAUUUUCGUAUAGAAGCAUUGGCUAAGAAGCAUGGAUGCACUCCUGCUCAACUUGCUCUUGCGUGGGUUCUUCAUCAAGGAGAUGAUGUUGUACCUAUUCCGGGUACAACCAAAAUAAAAAAUCUCCACGAAAAUAUUGGUUCCGUGAAAGUGAAGCUUACAAGCAAUGAUUUGAAAGAGAUAUCUGAUGCUGUUCCCAUUGAUGAAGUUGCUGGGUCGAGAACUCUCGACGUUUUUGUCCAGGUCUCGUGGAGAUUUGCCAACACUCCACCUCUAAAGUGA